UUAAAAGUGAUCUCCCAUUAACGUAUUUUCCCGAUCUCUGACUCCCCCAACAGUGAAAGUGGGAAACAAAGGAGAGACUAUGGGUUUAAGCCGCAGAUUGAGAUUGAUAAUUCUCAAAAACUGAAACGUUAACCACCGGGGAUCUAAUCAGUAAUCAAUGGCAUGGUUAGAUAUUCGUUCACUUCUUCUAUUCUCCGCAGUUUUCCGCAUCAUUUUAAUCGUAUACGGAGAGUGGCAAGAUGCUCACAUGGAAGUCAGAUACACCGACGUUGAUUACCUCGUUUUUUCCGAUGCGGCUUCUCUCGUUGCUUCCGGUGAUUCUCCUUAUAAAAGAACUACUUACCGUUAUUCACCUUUACUCGCUUUUCUUCUCCUUCCUAAUUCAUUCAUCCAUCAAUCUUGGGGAAAGUUUCUCUUUUCUUCUGCAGAAGUAUACUUCGAGACAACAUAAAUUUGGGAGUGGAGAAUGUUUUUCCCAAUGUAAACACUAGUCACAAUGUUUAGGAGAUUAUGAAUGGGAGUAGUUUAUGAUAUACUUGUGGGAUAUUUUAUCUAUUAUAUUCUAAAGCUGCAGAAGGUUCCUGAAAACCUCUGCAACUACUCUGUCGUGGCAUGGCUUUUUAAUCCAUUUACCUUCACCAUUGGGACACGCGGGAACUGUGAACCCAUUGUUUCUGCCAUGAUAUUGUGGAUCAUUGUCUGUCUUAUGAAAGGUAAUGUGUUACAGUCAGCAUUUUGGUAUGGACUUGUUGUCCAUUUCAGGAUUUAUCCUAUAAUUUAUUCUAUUCCUAUAAUCCUGGUUCUUGAUCCGAACUUCUUCCCAUCUGGUCAGAAACCUGUCCUAAGGAACUGGAGCGCCGUUCAGAAAGCGAGACCCGGAGAAGGGAAUGUUCGUUUAACCCCGGUUAAUUUAUUGAAAAACAUAUUCACAAGGAACAGGCUGAUAUUUGGACUGGUCUCAGGAUCGGUUUUCCUCUUCUGUACCGGUCUGUUCUACCACUUAUAUGGAUGGGAGUUCCUACAUGAGGCACUGCUGUACCAUCUUACUCGUACGGAUCCAAGGCACAACUUCUCCAUCUAUUUCUAUCACAUAUAUCUUCAUUAUGGGCAUGACAUCUCGGUGUUGGAAAAGCUUGUCUCCUUUUUGCCACAGUUUUUGGUUCAGCUGGUUCUUAUUUUCAGCUUUGCACAGGAUUUGCCAUUCUGCCUAUUUGUGCAGACUGUAACAUUUGUGGCCUUCAAUAAGGUGAUUACAGCACAGUAUUUUGUUUGGUUCUUUUGCUUAUUGCCUCUAAUACUCCCAUGGAGUAAAAUGAAGCUUAAAUGGGGUGGAUUGUCUUGUAUUCUUUUGUGGAUCGGAGCUCAGACCCAUUGGUUAAUGUGGGGCUACCUGCUUGAGUUCAAGGGAAAAAAUGUCUUUUUACAGCUUUGGAUUGCUAGCUUAAUGUUUCUGGCAGCAAACAUAUUCAUCCUUGUCAUGAUUAUUCAUCAACAUAAAUGUUCUUCUCUUUUUAAAGCUUUAGAGUAUACACACUCCAAGCAUGCAGCUAAGCUUGAGUGAGUGACCCUGACCGAUGGGGAAUGAGUUUCAAUUUUUGUCCUCACCGUUAUCGUAUAUCGCCCUGCGCUUCAAUUUUGGGAGGUUAACAAUGCAAAAUGUAAGGACUAUGGCAACCGGUAAUCAUGUUGAAACAUGUAUUAUUUUCUAAUAGUGAAAACAAUAGGCGAAUCAAUGUAUUUUUAUUGUUUUGUAACCCUAUACGAUAUAUUUUUUUUUUGCAGUGCAUAAUCUUAAGCAAUGAAUUUAUUUUUA